AUCGCCCAGAACAGAUUGUUGUUGAAAUGGAUCUUUGAAAUGGUUGCUGCGUGUUGAGGUGCCAAAGCUGCUGUCUUUGAUAGCUGAUAAUAUUAUUGCUGCUGACUUGUUUUUGCUGCUGACCUGUUGAUGGAAGAGCUGGUCUGUCAACAAAUGUCAGGUUCAGGUGCCUGAUGGGAUACGGUGCAAUCCUGCCCAGGUGCAUACGAGUGUUUAGAUCGUUGUAUCCCAGCAUACCUGUCGUUAUGGCUGCUGGCGGGACUAAAGCACGACAGAAGGUCGAGCCAGACUGUCAGGAAAAUGUGGACUCACUCAGGGAGGUACUUAGAAAGGAUGCAAAGACAGGAGAACAGAUCAAGGAUGUUCCUGACAAGGCCCUAAGGAGGUUCCUAAGAGCCCACCUGACAGUCCCAGAGGCUCACAAGGUUUAUGUGAAGUGUGAGAAGUGGAGACAAAAGUAUGGUGUAGAAAACAUCAAGCCAGAAGACCCUGCAAUCCAGUCUGAGUUAGCUACGGGAAAGGGCAUCAUUCUGGAGGAAAGAGAUAAAAUGGGAAGGCCCAUUAUUCUGGUAACUGUACAUCUUCAUGAUACCAAGAACAGGGACAUGGAUGUGCUUACAAAGUUCACCGUCUACAUGUUGGAAACACUCUCCAACAUGUCUGACCAAGGUGAGAUAGACAACAUCUGUGUCCUGUUCGACAUGAAGGACUUCAGCCUGAGGAACAUGGACUAUCAGUUUGUGAAGACUCUCAUCAUGCUGCUACAGAGAUACUUCCCUGAGAGACUGGGGGUGUGCCUCAUUGUCAAUGCUCCAACUUUGUUUUCAGGCUGCUGGCUCAUCAUCAGACCUUGGUUGGAUGAGAGAACACGGAAGAAAGUUGCCUUUGUCUACAGUGAAGAGGAGCUGUCAGAAUACAUCGGUGUGGAUGCCCUACCCAGGACUCUCUUCUGACACGUCUCUCUGUUUGUUACACCUCAUUAUUAGCCACAAUGGACAUAUACAGUGUAGUUUUGAACAAAGAGCUUAGAAAUCACAUAAGCUUCUAGGUUAGAAGUAGAAAAGCAU